CGCGGCUAUCAAACAUCUAAUUGAGGAGCAACCCAACCUGAAGGUGAAAACCAUCAUCACCGACAUUUCUAGUCGUUAUGGUUAUAUCAUUAACUACAAGAAACCGUGGCAUGGAAAACAGAAAGAAAUGGCCGCCGUGUUUGGUGACUGGGAAGAAUCAUAUGCAUUCCUUCCCAAAUUGAUUUUGGCGUUGGAGGUGUCUAACCCUGGCACCAUUUUCCCGCCUCGCUACCAAGAUGAAGAAAUUCAACCACCGGUGCCUGGUAACAAUCGCCAUUUCAAGCGUCUUUUCUGGGCAUUCAAGCCAUGUAUUGAUGGUUUUCCAUACUAUGUUCCUGUGAUUCAAGUUGAUGGAACAUUCCUUACCAUCAAGUACAAGGGUACUCUACUGAUCGCCAACGGAGCAGAUGCAAAUAGAGCAGUAUAUCCAUUAGCCUUUGCCAUUGUGGAGGGAGAGAAUAUCGAUAGCUAUGGAUGGUUCUUCAGACAAAUUCAGCUCCAUGUCACCAGGCGGACGAACCUAACUAUCAUCUCAGAUCGCCACGCCGGUAUACGGGCUGCUAUCUUAGGCUUGGAUCCAACCUGGAACUGGUCACAGAGAUGGUGCAUACGACAUUUCAAGAGCAACUGGAACCAUCAUUUCAAGCGAAAGAAGCUUGCUGAUAGUCUAUGAUGGAUCGAUAAGCGUUCUAAUUAAUUGUUAUAUAUAUUUUUUCAACUGGAUAAAAUGAGGACUAAAUC